AUGAUUGACAACGAACUACGACAGCUGAAAGAAUCUUUGACUAGAAACGCUUAUCCCGAUGCGUUUAUCGAAAAGCACAGCAAGCCUAAAUUGAUCAGACAAACAAAUUGUUCAGCAGAAAAACUACUAGUCACCCUUCGUCUUCCAUUCAAACGUGAUGACAUCAAUUGCUUGCUCAAACGACCACUUGGAUCAGCGCUUGCCCAAAACAAAUAUUAUGCACCUGACCUCAGAAUUAUUCAUCGAACGAUUGAGAUCCCCACACCCUCGGUGAAACAACGUCCACCUCUGUACACCAAAUCGAAUCUGAUUAACCAAUUUCAGUGUAGUUGCGGAGCAACGUACGUGGGUCGAACAGAGCGCCAGUUACGUAACCGAGUGAUUGAAUAUAUUCCAAAUUGGGUACAACGUUUUGUGAUGCAAUCAGGGUCAGAUCAAAGGCAUAAUGACAACGUUCGAAACCAUAAGAUCCCGUCGUCGGCUGUCGGCCGUCGGCCGUCGGCCGUCGCUCGUCAUCUUCUGAUGACGCAACAUCCAGCUGACCGAAGCACUGCGUUUCGGGUCAUUUACGUGGCAAAGAAUACGAGGCUUUUGAGCAAGUUUGUACUCGAAAAUGACUGUGAAGACCCUAAAGAACUAGAACAACAGAUAUCGACAGCAGUACAGUUUCUACUAGAAGGACAUUUCAUCGAUGAAAGCACAGCUCACCAUCUGAAGCUAAAAGGAACUCGAAGUGCACAACUGUAUGGUUUACCGAAACUAAACAAACCCGGAGUGCCACUUGGACCAAUACUACUACUAUCUAUGACAAAUUCACCACAACACGAAUUGGCCAAAUGGCUGGAGAAAUUGCUUGAGCCAGUUCAUAAAUCAAUGGUCAGACACACUAUAAAGAAGACAGUUUCGAAGUGGUAA